AUGUAUAAUAGUAACAGUCCACAUCAAUAUUACCGGUCGGCGUCACAACAGUUUAACCAUCUGUCCUCACGACAACCAAUAAAUCCAUACCACUCACUGAAUCAACUAAAUAAUGACUAUUUACCACCACGACAACCAAUACAUCCAUAUCAUUCACCCAAACAACUAAAUAAUGAAUAUUUACCACCACCCCAACCAAUACAUCCAUAUCAUUCACCCAAACAACUAAAUAAUGAAUAUUUACCACCACCCCAACCAAUACAUCCAUAUCAUUCACCCAAACAACUAAAUAAUGAAUAUUUACCACCACGACAACGUAUGCAUCAACAAUAUUCAACAACUCCAGCACAUAAUCACUAUCAUAACGAUAUAAGUAAUCAACAACAACCACAGACUUCAAAUGGUUAUAUAAAUAGUGGCAGUUUCGACGCACAACAACAAACAUGGACUAAUAACAAUCGCCAUGAAGAAAUAUAUCGUAGCAGAUAUGAUCAAAGUCCAGGUGGAUACUUGUCAUCUACUAGUGAUCAUUACAAAUCACCUUUUGAUAAUCGUCAUAAUCAACAUGAUGGUUAUCCUUUGACACCUACAGAUCGUUAUCAAUUGAAUGGUGAUCAUACACUAAGAAAUCCUCAUUCAGCCAAUAGAAUUCAGCAUAAUACUGGUACCAUUAAAAAUAAUAUUCAACAUAUAACACCAUCUCAGUUACGAUUAAUGUAUGAUGAUAUUGUUUAUCAGUUGAAAAUGGAUCGAUCACAAAAUGUCUAUGAAAGAAAUUUGCAUAUUCUCUAUGAUAUU